GGUAGGCGGUAGCUGAAGUAAAUGAGACCAUUGUAUCUCCUGGAUCUAAGUUUCUACAUAGAACUUACUCUUACUGCUUUGUUCAUCUCUCUAAAUGAAAUUACAAGCUAAGCCAAUUAGAUAAAAAGGAAGAAAAGCACAUCCAUAUAAAGGUAGAUAUGUCUCUCGUUGUUGACGAUGACCAGAAAAACUCGUUUCUGGUUCACGUGGAGCCCUUUCUUCCACUCGAUGUGUUCGUCAGCUUCAGAGGCGAAGACACCCGCACCAAUUUCACCAGCCACCUCUAUUCCGCGCUCUCAAGAAACGGCAUCAAGGCAUACAUGGACGACGAAGGCCUCGAAAAGGGUCGCGAUGUCUGGCCAUCGCUGUCCCAAGCAAUCGAGGACUCCCAUGUUGCCAUAGUAGUGUUCUCCAAGAACUACGCGUCUUCCAGAUGGUGCUUGGAAGAGCUUGUGAAAGUACUCGAAUGCCGGAAAAAGAUGGGACAGGUAGUGAUACCUGUGUUUUACGAGGUCGAUCCGGCGGAGAUUCGAAAUCAGAGAGGAGUGUACGGGGAAGCCAUUGCAGAACAUGAAAGAGGAUUGUUGGGUGAUAAAAGUGUGGAAGAAGUGAAGAAGAUAGUGUCCGCUUGGAAGGAUGCUCUCAUGGAAGCGGCAAACAUAUCGGGGCGUGACACUCGUAGUCGCGAGUACAAGAACGAGUCACAAGUCAUCGAUCAGAUUGUUGAAGAUGUAUUGAAAAAGUUGGAAUUAAGGUUUCCUAAUGAGCUACAAGUUAACCUUGUUGGAAUUGACAAAAGUUGCAAAGAUGUGUCAUUAUUGCUAUCAAAAAGUAAAAGCAAAAAUGUGCAUGUAAUUGGAAUUUGGGGCAUGGGCGGAAUAGGCAAAACAACCGUUGCAAAGGCUGUGUUUGCCCAACUCUUUCCCUAUUAUGACAGUGUGUGUUUUCUAGAAAAUGUCAAAGAAGCACCCCAAAACAUAGGACAAAGCAAACUUACAUCUUUACGAGAGAAGCUGCUUUCUGAGCUACUAAAGUAUGAAUAUUUGAACUCUACAACAAACACAUUCAUUAGGAGGAGGCUUAGUAAUAAAAAAGCUUUAGUUGUACUUGAUGAUGUGGAUGAUUCAGAGCAACUAGAACAAUUGUGUAGAGAAUGUAGCUAUGCUGGUCCAGAAAGUAAAGUGAUUAUAACAAGAAGAAAUAAGCAUUUGCUUAGGGGAAUGGUUGAUGAGGAUGAUAUAUAUGAGGUCAAGACAUUGAGCUUUGGGAGAUCUCUAGAGCUUUUUUGCUUGAGUGCCUUCAAAGAUUGGGUUCCCAAAAAGGGAUAUGAAGAUCUCUCUCAGAGGGCAGUUGAUUAUGCAGGGGGUGUUCCAUUAGCUUUAAAAGUAUUGGGCUCAAAUCUCCGUGACACAAGUAUUGAAUUUUGGGAUAGCGAAUUGAAUAAACUCAAGGACUAUCCCUAUGAUGGAAUUCAAAAGGUGUUACGAGUGAGCUAUGAUGGACUAGAUAUUCUAGAGCAGAAGAUAUUUUUGGAUAUUGCGUUCUUUUUCAAAGAUGAGAACAAAUAUUUUGUGGAAAAGAUACUAAGUGCUAGUGGUUUAUUUGCUGUUAGUGGAAUAAAAGUCCUUACAAAUAAAGCUCUCAUAACUAUUUCAAAGGACAAGAAGAUACAGAUGCAUGAUUUAAUACGAGAUAUGGGCUUGAAUAUUGUUCGACAAGGCAUUAAAGAUCCUGGAAAACGUAGCCGAUUGAAGGAUAUUGAAGAAGUUUCAGAUGUGCUUGAAUAUAAAAGGAAGGGAAGUGAUGCAGUUGAAGGUAUAAAAUUAGAUUUGUCUCAAAUUGAUGAUCUACACUUGAACUCUAAAGCAUUCAGCAUGAUGAGUGAUCUAAGAUAUCUAAAAUUGUAUGCUCCUUCUGGCAAGACUUUGGGUAACAUGGUGUAUCCGGAAGUCCUUAAUGAAUUUUCAGGUAAGCUGAGCUACCUUGAAUGGCAUGGAUAUGGUUUGAAGUCUCCACCGGAAAAUUUGUUUACUCAGAGGCUUGUUGAGAUUUGUAUGCCGCACAGCCACAUUACCAAACUUUGGCAUGGGGUGAAGGUAAAAGAUAUUUUCCGCAAACUUAAUCAAUGUAUGCUUAUAAGUUUGCUUUAUGAAAGAUUAUUUUUAUUUAUGUGGCAGAAUCUUGUGAGUUUAGAGAGAAUUGAUCUAAGUGAAUGCAAAGAGUUGGCGAAUCUCCCGGAUUUGUCCAAGGCAUCAAAACUUAAAUCGCUUAACCUUUCUGGUUGUGAGAGCUUGGCAGAGCUUCAUUCAUCUAUUUGGUCUCUUGACGCUCUUGAAAUUCUAGCACUGGAUGGAUGCAGAAAACUCACAAGUUUGAGAAGUGAGAAGCACUUGAAAUCUCUCAAGACGAUCAGUGUUAACGGCUGCACAAGUCUCAGAGAAUUUUCCGUGUCCUCUCGUGUGAUGGAAAGUCUAGAUCUGAUAAAUGCUGGAAUAGAAGAAUUGCACCAAUCAAUUCAGCGCUCAAGCAAGCUUAAGUCGCUCUACCUAGAUAGUUUGAUACUUAUUGAGAAUCUUCCAAAUGAGUUAUCAAUCCUUAAGAAUCUUUCAGAGCUGAGAAUUUCUAAUUGCAGACAACUAGUACUCAACAAAGAGCAACUGCAUACCUUAUUCAACGGCUUAAGGUGUCUUCACUUACUGUAUUUGAAGGAUUGUGAUAAAUUGUCUGAACUCCCUAACAACAUUGGGUGCUUGGAAUAUCUGUGUGACCUAAGAUUAGAUGGAAGUGCUGUAGAGACAUUGCCUAUAACCGUCAAGGAUCUAAUCAAUCUGGAAAUUUUGUCGCUGAGAAACUGUAAGAACCUUAAGUACCUACCUACUCUUCCGACACUUAUCAAAGAGCUUUAUGUGAUUAACUGCGAGUCCUUGGUGACAAUAAACACCUUAGAGACCUUUGCGAAAGAGAUGAGAGGAAGCACCAAGUUCAUCUCGUUCGAGAAUUGCACAAACCUGGAUGGACCUUCACGUGAAGGAAUCACGAAAGGUGCGAAUUUAAUAGCAACAAACGCGAUACUUAAAAAUAAGGAUGUGGAGGAGGAGGUUCGUUCGCAGCAAUAUAACAGUGCACCAGAGCUAGGCCAUAGCUACAGCUUCAACUUCGUGAAGGUUUGUUUGCCAGGAAGCAGUGUUCCAAGGCAAUUCACUUAUCGAAGCACCAAAUCCUCUUUCAGAAUCGUACUUCCUUACAGCUCAAAGGUGCGGGGCUUAGUUUUUUGUGCAGUUCUGUCUCCAUUUGAUGAAAUGGAGAAGGAUGGUGCUAAGAUCUCAUGUGAAUGCUACGAAUACCAAGGAAAUGGCACUAAGGUGGCGUAUACUAGGUGGCAUCAUGAAGCUAUAAGGGAGUUGAAGUGUGAUCAUGUGUAUAUAUGGUAUGAUGAAUUUCUUUUUGAUGGCAGUGUUGUUGGAGGUUAUAAAAGGCAUUUCACUGUUGUGUUCUCCGUUACAAAUGGUUUGGGGGAGCGGAGUGUGUUGAACAUUUGUACAAAAGAGUGUGGGGUGCGCCUAAUUCUUGACUCAGACUUACCCAAAUCACCAAGUGUUUUGCUAGACGACGUUCGGAUGCUAAUAACGAAUGACCUUGGACGUAAAUUGAAGAGAAUCAUGUGGUCGGACAAGAUCUAGAUUACCCUUAGAUAUUUUAUUCUGUGUAUUAUUCAAAACAAGCUAAUUGUCUGAUUUUCCUAGAAAAAUUGUUGUAGUAAAAUCAAUCCCUAAUUAUCUAA